GAUCUGCAAAUCAUUAUUUCAUCCCUUCAUAGCAAUCCCUAUUUAUUAAUAUAGAUAGGUAGUUCAUCAAGCAUAUGGUCGAUUGUUGUAGUAGCUGAUCUGGGAUAUUGUGGAUCCAUAAGGAGAAAGAUAUAAGAUGGCGAGUUCUUCUGAACCAGAAGGCCCGGAAGCUCUCAUAUUCUGGAGAAUUGAUGCUCAUGCACCACCUUACGAUGGUAUAAAGGAGGCCAAUGAUGAACUAGUUGAGGCAUUCAAGAAGAUCUUAGGCAAUAUGUUCCGUCAGUGGAACAAUUAUGAAGAUGAAAAAAAAGCUGUUUAUAACAAGAAGCAGGCAAUGAGUGUCCUCAAUCACAAUGUGAAUAAUAUCCUCAAGGUCAUCAGGUCAAAUCUUCCUGAUAACCCACCAAAUGUGCCUCCAGUUGUGGAACUGCUACAAAAUUCUUUAAAAGAUAAGAAUAUGGCAAAUCAAGAAUAGGCCAAGAUGCAUGAAGCAGUCAUGGUGCAAAGGGUCGCCUAGGUUAUUAGAAUAGGGCACUUGUGGAUGGAGUCGAUAGGCAUCUAAUAAUAAGAAUGAUCUGGAAUUAUGUUCCAUGUCAUUAAAAGUCCCUCAUGCAAGGUGUAUUACGAGGAUUGUUUGUUCUUUGUAUGGCUUUUAUCAGUGAAAGAUCAAAGGUUGACAAAUAUGUUACUUAAUGUUAUCAUAUUUUCAAAUCAAUGCUAAUAUCAUUUAGUUGCUUCAAUUUACAAUCUUA